AUGGCGCACAGCGGAAUAGACAUCCCCCUCGACGAUGACUCGGGCAUGCUACAGAGCGCGCCCCUUCUCGAAACGCUGGAUGAGCUGAACAAGAUCGACAUCAUUCAGAUCGAAGAACACAUUGACCAACUGUGGGACAAGCUGCACGCCAACUUUGCCGAGACAAGAGACUCGUCAAUCACCGGUGGCGCCAGCUUCAUCGUUUGGGCUCUCAAAAAAGUCGAACGUCCGCUGCUCUGCCGAAUCCUCGACCGCGAGCACAAGGCCGUCCUUCAGUCCAUCACUCCAGACUUGCUCGGUCGCCUGACUUCACUAGCCGAUCGCUGGGACGCCUCCCCCGGUCUCCUCUUGGAUCUCUUCUCUCACAAGAUCGUCUCUUCUCGCGCGUGCAUCGAUCUUCUCAACAGCUUACACAAAGCGAGCCCCGAACUUCUUCUCACCGACCUUGUCGAUCAGUUCAACAGCGUGCCACGACACAAUACUCGUCGCUGGGGUCCGCGAGCCACAAAGAACGCCAUCAGUAUGCUCAAGGAAGCUGUCGGUCACUUCAAGCCUGCCCUUGUCGAGCGGAAACAUCGUCCCGCCGAGGAUCCCACGCCGUCCCCCGAAGGCGACUCGAGUAGCAAUGCCGGCGGCGAGGCCAAUGACUCCCCCGACAGCUCCAACGAACACGAAUCCGAUUCUGGUACCGGCGGCAAACCCACACGAGACAAACGUCGUCGACCCCUCCCUGCCGAAGCCCCCUCUACCAGGACCCGUAGGCCAGCUGCCGGUGACGAUACGACGAGGGGGGAAGGUGUGCAACGCCGUCCGACCGUACAACCUGUUACCGGUAAUUCAACUCAGGUGGAGCAAACGCAAGCUCCCACAACCCCGCGUGCCGACCUGCCUGCUGCUUCACCAGAGCGACCCAGAAAGGAACGCCAGACUUUGGCUGCUUCUCCGGUAUCCUCCGAGUUUCCCUUCCAAUUUGAUGGCAAUCAUGACCUUGGCGAGUCUGACUUGGACGCGCCCCCAUCGAUGCACUACUCUGAUGACGACGAACACGACGGUUUCCAAAUGCCCGAGUCGGAUCCUUGGACCGGGCCAUCCCGUCUUCAAGCCCCGCAGCGUCUUCGCAAAGCAUGCCCGGGUGCACAGGAGCCGCCCGCCCCCAAACGUCGUCGACUCACUGACAUUGGGCCCAUGGACUGCCAUGUCACCAGUGACAGUGACAGCCUUGGCGGUGGGAGCAUCAUCACAAACAUCAGCAUCGACCUCACUCCACCACUACCUUCUUCACCUGUGGUCGGAGAUGGAGCUGCUUUCGUCCCCGUGAAGGCUAGGCCUGCUUCUCUGUCGCCACCACGACUUUCACCUGUUGUUAGAGAUGGACCUCCUUCUCCUUCGCCCACCAGACCAGCCGGCCCGUCUUCUAGUUGCGUGAUCGUAUCCGAUCAAUGCGGACGAGAAGUCAACCCUAUUUCUGAUACAUCCGAGGAGAUGAACCCCACCUCCAUCAUCCCAUACGUUCCUCGGCCGCCGUCGGUGCUCAAGCAUCGUCCCGCCCUCGCAGACAUCUCAGAGAACCUAUACCGCUUGUCGCCGGGACAGAUGCUCAACGAUACCAUCAUUGAUACCCUCCUCCACCGUUUGUCCCUGAUGAAUGGUCAGGUCCUGGCAAUCAGCAGUCUGGUCCUUCGCUCGCAGAACAUACCCGAUCGUGUCUUUGAUGCAAUCGCCCGAGCAAACUACGACAGGAUCCUCAUGCCCAUCUGCCGCAACAUCCACUGGGUCUUGUUCGUCUUCUCCCGCCAGGACAACAAGGUGCGGCUCUUUGAUUCGUUCCCGGGCCUUCUGCCCGUCGACCAAGUCGCCGAUGCUGUCGUGUUGCCAUUCCUCCGUCGCUUGGGUGUGUCUGAUGGGAUCCAAGUCGACCUGGAUGCGAGCCAGUGCGCUCGUCAGCAGAACGCCGUUGACUGUGGGCUUUUUUUAAUAUUGUCUGCGUACUACGUCUUGGGAGCCUCGGAAUAUGUGCCAGCAGACGUCACCUCCGAAACGCUUGAUGCCUACCGCCAACACUUCCUCCAGUGCCUCUUGACCUCUACCGCCGCUGCUCUACCACCCGACGAGAUCAAGGGCAUUGCCGUCCUUGGCAAGGUCGAGAAGGAUCGCCUGGCCUCUCUCGCUCGGUACACUCUCGAACUCCGCGCCCGACGACCCUCCCUUCAGCGGCUCCUCAAUUCAGCCGACAUUUUCUGCAAUUCGACAGCAGUCAUCCGCCAGCUUCACCAAGACGAGUUACGUAAGUGGGAGACGUGCUUUAUCGCUUCGGCACUCGCCAACGCGCACGCGACCCACGCUCGACUUUUCCGCAAGGCUUUCGAGAUGCAGUCCGAGAGACGCAAGAAGAUGGAAGCAAUGCGCAGACGCUACGAGUUACGCAUGGCAAUUGAUACUAUCCUUGACAACGUCGACCCGGACGACCCGCGAGGGCCCUCCAUCGGUCGGUCCGAAGCCGCGCAUCAGUCCGAAGCAAAGGGCAUGAUGAACCUCUGGUGCGCAGCCAACAUGGCAGCAGACUUCUUCUUGGAGGAUGCCAGCAGUAACCCUGCUGAGCAGGCCGGCCACAACGAUUACAACCCUUUCACCAUGUGUGUAGUACACAUCAUCAUCACCCGCUAUGCCAGACAAAAACUUGGACGUAUCGAAAAUCGAGGAUAG